UCGAAACAAUCAAGUGACAGUUCACGUGUAGUUUCCGGCCAUGGAGUUCUGCUCGAUCUGCACCACUUCGUUCGACGCCGGAGACCGGCGAAUCCGCUGCAGUGGCCAGAGCUGCAGCCUGCUUUUCCACCAACGGUGCGUCCACCUGAGCGAGGACCAUGUGCGCUCGUGGCUCGAGGGCGACGUUGGGUGGUUUUGGUUCUGUCCGACGUGCCGAGUGGACCUGAAAGAGAACGUGGAAGGCGAACCGUCGGCGGCUAAGAGAAGCAGGAUGGAUCCGUCACCUCGGUGGUUGCCACCGGAGGUUUGGACGAUGAUUUUUGGACACCUGAAAUCGCGUUGGUUGGCACGGGUGCGGUUGGUGUGCCGCGACUGGAACGAACUGGUCACCACCCGGUCGGAACUGAUGGACCGGUUUUUGCUCAAACUGGGGAAGUACCAAGUUGUCGAUAAUUUGGCCGAGCUCCGAUACUUUUUGGCACUUGGCCGUGGAUUCACCAGAGCAGAGUUUAAUUUUUACGAGUUGAGAAAGGACAAGCCCAGGAUCGCCUGGUUCGAGGGUCUUGGAGAAAGUUUGACCACGCUGACAUGCUCAUCGAUACCUUUUGGUUAUCUCUACCAGCUAUUAAGAGUUAUGCCAAAUCUGAAGCGGCUUACACUUGAUGGCUGCUUUGAAUAUGGAAAGUUGGCAAAGCUCAACUAUCAGCUCACCAAAUUGGAGGAACUGUUUAUCUUUAGUUUCUUCAACAAAAAACACGGACACGGAGGGUCAAUUUUCCCCACGCUGCAGCACAUUUGCCCGCGGAUUAAGGUGCUCAAUAUUGCAUUAGGCGAAUACGACAAUUUCUACCAAGAUAUUGGCAGAUUUGUGUUUGCGGUCCGGAACACGUUGCAAGAUCUCGACACAGCGCAUGCCUUCCAAGCCGGCAAAGUGAUGGAUGCGCUUGUCACGAUGGAUGGUUUAAGACUAAAGCGAAUCAAUAUUGAUUGCUCCGAAAGGGACCUUGUACGUUUGCUUCGACGGCAGCCAGCCUUGGAGAGUCUUUGGUUUCAUGGUGUAGUGACCGAUGCUUCGACACUUGAUGAAAUUGCAUCGAUUCUUCCAAAUUUGAAACAAAUUAUACUGGAAAGUGGGACUUUAAUCGGCCACACUGGAGAAUCCCCAACACCGGAACGCGCACCUCACACUGUCGCUCUCCCGAUCGUUCGCUGCACUGACAGCUAA